AUGCCACGCGACGACAUCAUGCCGCAUUCCGAUCGCGAAAUCACCUCCACAAAACGGCAGAAGCUCAAUGCCUCUGUCGUCAAGGCCAAGGGUCCUCAGAAGAAGAAGGGUUCCUCCAUCUUUGCUCCCUUCAGAACUGUAGGCUUGGUCUCUCCAACAGGCGUUCCCUUCACCUCCAUUCCCCUCGGCAAGACUACGUUUCAGAUCACCACCUCGGUCGGCCGCUCUCUCCAGACCUACGACCUAAAGAGAGGUCUCAACCUCGUCUUCGUUACCCGCCCUCAGACCCCCGCCGACAUCACCGCGACACAUGCUUGGAAGGAGAAGGUAUACGCCGCUUGGGGCAACCCUCAAAAUGGCGAGCCCCAAGGUAUCUGGGCCUUCCAGCGCGGCAAGAAGGUAGUUGAGCUCGAACUCCCCGCCGACCUCGACCAGCCCAUCAAGCAGAUCCUUAUCUUCGGUUCCUGGAUUGUCGCAUGCGCCCAAACCCGCCUCGAAGUAUGGAAGUCGGCCACCCUCGAACACUACACGACCAUCUUUUCCGUCGCCGCCAAGAAGGGCGACAACGAGCUUACCGGUGGCGUCAUCAACAUGCCUACCUUCCUCAACAAGAUCUUCGUCGGUCGCAAGGACGGUUGGGUAGAGAUCUGGAACGUCAGCACCGGCAAGCUCAUCUACACCAUCCUUCCGCCCUCUCCGGACGCCGGCUCCGUCACCUGCAUGGAGCCUACUCCGGCCCUUUCGCUGCUCGCCAUCGCAUACUCGAACGGCCCCCUCGUUAUCCACAACGUCCUUACCGACAAGUCCUCCCUCAAAUUUAUGGCUGGAUCCGAACACGCUCCCGUUACGAGCAUCUCCUUCCGAACCGACGGUAUGGGUGCUGGUCAAGAUGGCACAAAGGACGGUGUUAUGGCUACUGCAACAAGCAUUGGUGGAGAUGUUACAUUCUGGGAUCUCAACAAGGGCGGCAGAGUGAUGGGUGUGCUCCGGAGCGCACAUAACCCGCCAUCACACACCGACAAGACUGUGCGCGGAGGUAUCAGCAAGGUCGAGUUCCUCCCGGGACAGCCCGUUAUCAUGACCAGUGGUUUGGACAACUCGCUCAAGUCCUGGAUCUUCGACGAAUCGCCCUUCUCGCCCGUUCCCCGUAUCCUUCACAUGCGCAGCGGCCACGCUGCCCCCGUCAACUGCCUGCAAUUCUUGCCAACCGAUUUCGAUGGUGCCGAAGCUGGCAACAAGUGGCUACUCAGUGGUGGCAAGGACCGGAGUCUAUGGGGCUGGAGUUUGCGCCGCGAUGGCCAGAGCUCCGAGCUCAGUCAGGGUGCUCUUCGCAAGAAGGCCAAGAAGGUUGGUAUUCUUGCCAACACCGCCCUCGGCGGCCACGGCCCGUCUACAACCUUGGACGACCUCAAGGCUCCCGAAAUCACAUGCAUCGCCUCCUCGCUCAACCGUGAUGGCGGUAUGGGCGCUAUGCCAGGCAGGCAAGUUAUCUGGGAUAAGGGCAACGACAAGAGCAAGCCGACCAAGUCCGAGCUUGCUGCGAUGACCGGCUGGGAAAGUGUAGUAACAGCUCACAAAGACGACCCCUGGGCUCGCACCUGGUUCUGGGGUCGCAAGCGUGCCGGUAGAUGGGCCUUCAAGACUGGCGAUGGCGCGAACGUUUCUACCGUGGCUAUCAGCCCCUGCGGCAGUUUCGCCCUUGUCGGUUCCGUUGGUGGUAGCUUAGACAUGUUCAACCUCCAGUCCGGCCGCCACAAGCAACGCUUCCCCUCCCGACUUACUCCCGCACAGAUGCGCCAGUUGAAGAUGCAGCAACUCAAGGCGCUCGACCAGGUGAGCCAGCUCGAGAAGCGCGCCUCCUCCAAGACCUCCUUUGCCCCCGGCUCGGGCAAGCACACCAAGUCCGUAACAGGCAUCGUGGUCGACCCGCUAAACCGGUUCGUCAUCUCGUGCUCUCUCGACGGCACCGUCAAGUUCUGGGACUUCGUCACGGGCAACCUCGUCGACGAGAUCGACUGGGCGCCUAUGGUGCAGAUCACGGGCUGCCGCUACCACGCGGGCAACGACCUGAUCGCGUUCGCGUGCGACGACCACUCAAUCCGCGUCGUCGACAUUGAGACCAAGCAGACCAUCAGAGAGUUCUGGGGCUGCCGCAACACCAUCAACGACUUCACCUUCUCCAACGACGGGCGGUGGAUCGUGGCCGCCUCGCAGGACCGCGUCGUCCGCGUCUGGGACCUGCCCACGGCCCACCUCAUCGACGCUUUUAGGCUCGAAAAAGCCUGCACCGCCAUUGCCUUCUCCAACACGGGCGAGUACCUCGCCGGCGCCACCGAGGGCGAGCUGGGCGUGCACAUCUGGACUAACAGGACGCUGUUCAAGCACGUGCCCACCAGACAAAUAUCCGAAAAGGACAUCGCCGAGAUCUCGGCCGGACCUACCAGCUCAGGCGAGGGCGGUCAGGGUCUCAUCGAGGCGGCGUUCGAGGAAGAGCAAGAGGAGGAGGAGGAGGACGACAGCAUGUCCGCGCCCGUUCUCGACCAGCUCAGCGCCGACAUGGUCACCCUCAGCUUGGUGCCCAAGAGCAGGUGGCAGACGCUGCUGCACAUCGACCUGAUCAAGCAGCGCAACAAGCCCAAGGAGCCACCCAAGGCGCCCGAGAAGGCGCCCUUCUUCUUGCCUUCGCUCCGCGAUGGGUCGACGAACCCGCUGCUGCUGACGGAGGGCGAGAAGAAGGAUGAGGAGGAGAGUCGUAUUUCGAGACUAACGCAGCUCGAGACGACGAGGACGUAUCAAGCUUUUACGGCCAAGUUGUUGGAAGGUGCUGAGACGGGUGAUUAUACCUUCUUCAUCGACCACCUAAAAUCCCUCUCCCCCUCCACCGCCGACCUCGAGUUACGCUCCCUAUCCGUCGGCCUGGGUGGCGACGAGAACGAACUCCUCUACUUCAUCCGCGCCAUGACUCAACGUCUCGCCCAGCGCCGAGACUACGAGCUCACGCAAGCGUGGAUGACCGUGUUCCUGAGACUACACUUUGACGUGAUUAUGGAGAGCGAGACCCUCUUGAAAGAGCUGGGCAAGUGGAAGGAGCAGCAGGAGCGGGAAAAGAAGCGGUUGGAUGAUUUAGUCGGGUACUGUGGUGGUGUUGUUGGAUUCUUGAGGAGUCCUAGGACAUAA